UGUUGAAUUGUCGACUGGUAUCUAUCGAAAUAAUCACAACAUUUUACAUCUGGAACAUUUUACUGAAUUAGUAGGCCUGCCUUAUUCAAGGCACAUUUGUGAUAGUGUAGCCUAGUACAUAAGUAUGUAACUAAGACAGCCUAAAGUACAUUGAGUUAAACAUGCAAAAACUAAAUAAAAUGUAUAAAAGUAAAAGACAGCAGAGGCCCAUUGAUAAUUCAACGGAUUAACACACUUUAACUUUUCCAUUCAUUGUUAUGGUAGCCUACUGUGACAGGCCCUAUUUACUUGUAGGCUGGUCAAUGGGAGGAGUAUUUUUCUGACGUCGACGGAUGAAAUGGACAUGCUAGUCUACUCACAGCAGAGAACGGAGUAGAACCGCGAUAAGCACGACCCUGCUUGCCUGCGUCGCCAACAAUCGUGAUCUUACAAAUACAUUUCUGACAAGGAAAUACAACGAAUUGGAGAACAAACUGAGCCCGACUGUGGCGAGCUCCACAUGGAGGAUGAUGACGAGGAUGUUUUUAGGGAGGACUCACUCUGGCACUUACCCUUCAAGGACAUCAAGUCGGAGAACAGGGCAACCCAGACGCCUGGCCCCGCCCUGUUGCUAGGCAACGGCAUGCUGCCCUGUGGCCUGGCACAGGAGCCAAGACAAGUCUUCCACGGUAACGCAGCCUUGCGAUUACAGUCUGUCCACCUUGAGCGCUUUGGGGAAGCCAUGGCUGAAGACCAGUGGGGUCAAGCCCAUCGUCCCCAGCAGCCAGCAGCAAGGAGCGUGGAAGUGGAGAUCGGCCAGAAACUGCAGAUGAUUGGAGAUCAGUUCCACCAGGAACAACUACAGCUGUUUCAGAGAAACCAAAGACAACAGCAGCAGCCAGUUUUGUGGCGUCUAGCAUGGGCUCUGUACACCCUGCUCUUUGAGAGACCGGCGGGCGAAGGGCCGAGGUGAGACGGACUAUGCUGACCAGCCGCCACCACGGGCCAGACCGCCCGGUCCCACUCAGCGUGGCAGGGACCACCAAUGGCACUGUCCAAGAUUCAACACGGGUUUGGAGAAGGAAAAGAAGGAGAGGAAGAAAAAGAGCAAGGGAGCAACAGAGAGAUGAGCAAAAAGGAGAUGCUGGUUGACUGCAGGUCGGGGAACCCAUGUCUCUUUUCUACUGUUUUUCUUAAUACCCCCCACCCCCUGAGGAUGAGGUGUUUUUUUCUCUCCAAGUAGAAGAUGAUGCCAUGCUGUUCACAAGAUUUUUCUAUUCCUAUUUUCAUAAAAAAAGACACACAAAAAAGAAAAAAGUAGUGAGAAAAAAGGAAAGUGUUGAGGUGGUAUUUUGUACAGUAUAUUGUUCUUGUUUUAUUGUUUGCACUUCCAUAUAUGUACUUCUUGAAUGACCUCCGUAUGUCUUGGGAAUGCCUUAUUGUCCCCAUGCCACCAUGGAAUGACUGAGGAGAAGGAAAAGAAAGAAAAUGAUUGGGUGGCAUGGGGUUCUGAAAUCUCCCAGGAAACCAAUCAACUUGACAACCAACUAAUCUCCAAAGAGGCUGUUUUUUUUGUGUGUAUGUUGUAUUUCUUCCCUCUUUUUUCAGAACAAACUGUUUUGCACCUCAGCUUGUCCUGUUACUUUUUUUUCAACAAGAUGUUAAUAUUAUUUGUUCUUUCUUCAACUUCUUGGUGUGUACGAGUGUUUUUGGUUUUAUUCUCAGUGUCUGAUUAUUUUUUUGUUUUUUAUUUGUUUUGAAAUAUUAAGUCUUUAAUGGAUUCAAGUUCCAGUUUGUUGUAUUAGUUAUUGUGCCAUGCAUGGCAUCAUGAAGUACGUCAUGGUAGGUGUGGGCUUAAUCCAUAAGGAUUAGAAAACUGGUGAUAUUCCUACUGUAGAUAUGAAAGGCAGAUUAAAUAAUCCAACUCAGUAUCUCUCCAGAGUGUCUCUCCUGGUGUCUGCUUGCGUAAGGAGACCCAAAAGUGCUCCCCGCUCCUCAUAGUCUUUUGGGGUUACAACUACUCCUGUCUUUGUGCCCCUAUGAAAUGAAAGAGUAGCAUGAGAAGGCCAGAACAUUUUUGUCAUACAACCGGCAGAAUCCCAGAUGAGCUUCGGAAUCCAUUUUGCUUGCACUAGUGUACGUCUGCCAAGGGUGAUUGAUUUUAAUCAGAAAGCAUGUUGUUUUUAUUGUUACCUUUUUAUGAUGAUUUUUUUUAUUUUUUGUUUUGGUCAGGGAAGCAGAACCUCUUAGGGAUGAUUUGUUCUGAAUGAAUGUGUUGAAGUAUGAUUGAAAUAGUAUCAUUAUAUUUGCAUUAUAUUUGAUUAACGUAAACCUCUCAAAGUGUGUAAUGAAGGUGACUAAAAACAUGUUUUAUUUCUUACAAUUAUUUUUUUGUUUUGUUUUUCCCAAGAGACCUGACUGUUUUUACUCCCCCCAAUUCAGAUCAGACAAAAGAGUAAACAUAUCCAGAGCAGAGCAGAGAAAAAUGUUGUCUUGUUGAAACUUCUAUAUACCACGAAAACCAGUCCACUGAAUGCAGUUAUUUCAACUAUUCAAAUUGAUAAAUUUAUAUAGGUGCGUACCCCCUGUCCCCCCAAGAUGUUUUUGAAGUGUGCUCAUCUUUGUUGCCAGUUGGAGAGACUCCAAACAACUUGAGUGUUUGGUGCUUGAGCAAUACUGUGCAAACAAAUCUGUGAAUCGACUGCAUCUUUUUUUUCCUCAGGAUGUGUAUCUGGGCUUUUGUAAUUAACAAAAAAAAAGUAUAUGACUAUAUACCUUUUCAGGUGAUUUGUUAAACGGUGCAGUGGUGUAAUUGUUGAAUAUAAAUGACCACUACUUUUCUGCCUUUAAAACAUUCUUUUUACAAGACUAGAGGAGAAAAUCUCCAGAAGAGAGAAUUGAACUGUAAUUAUUGUUAUAAUGUUUUUGGCAUGUUUGAAGACACUGAUUCAUUCUCGUCAAUGCUGUUAUUUGUGUUUCUUUUGUUUGUUUGUUUGUUUGUUUGUUUGUUUUCUAUUUUGUGUUGCCUUAUUCUUUUUUUAUUGCGUUCUUUUCCAACUUCAUGUCCCAAGUUUGAGUAGUCCACAUGCUAUGUCUUAUCACUUGGAAGAGAUUUAACUUCUUCACCUCCAAUCGCCACCUUUUACACACCUUUGGUCCAUUUGGAGGAAAUAACCUCAUGUUGAUGAUUAGCAAUUCAUAUAGUUGUAGCAGAUUCAGUUCUGGGUGAGAUUAUGCAGCCUGUGCCGUUUUAAACAGCUCACAAAGUUGCUUUCUUUUCAAUGGCCACUGUGUACAACCUUGGGUACAUGAGUAUGGUACAAUAGAUGAUCUUGUGGAUGUUGAUGUAGCUGUAGGUUGGUGACUAUUGCGUUGAGAGCUAUUGGAGGCAGAAUCUACAUUUGAAGCUUGUUCGACAUUAGGAGAGGAGUUGAAAGUUGUAGUUGUUUCCUGCAAAUUUUGAACGCUGAGCCAGUUAAUUGUCCUUGUAGCUCUGCCUCUCUAUCUCUCGCUUUUUCCCCAUCUUAGUCUUGCUGUGUCACCAUACCAAAUUCUUUCUGGACCCUGUGUAUGUGGACUACUUCCAAAACUUCUUUAGGACAUUUUGUGUUUCACUUGUUAAUUUUUUUUUAUUUAUUUUUUGUUUUGUUCUUUUUUCUCUUAUUUAUUGUUUGUAUAUUUGCCCAUUUGCUACUGUAUACAUUCAUUUGUGCAAUUUCUUGACUUUUUUUUUUUUUUUUUUUUUAUUCUUAGAUUUGUAUAUAUUGUAUUUGUGUUUCUCUGCUGAAUGGUAGGGGCCAUGCAUUGCCUGAUUGUUUCUUGGGAGUACAUUCUUAUGUCCAGAAUCUCAGUUGUGUUCACUCAAAACAAACAACCGAAUUUUUAAGUUUUACAAUCAACUGAAAAUUUCAUUAUCAUAAAAAAUGGAAUUAAUUUUGUAUGUCAGUGGAUGGUCUACAACGACCUUAAAAUCAGAAGGGCCAACACUUGAUUUGAGAAACUCACAUGAGACGCAGACCUACGUGAACAAGUUUAAUUGCCAGUGACAUGUUUGUUCUGUGGUACGUGUAUGAAAAUAAUCAUAAAGACGAAAAAAUCUGGAACGAGCUGAAGGUUAGUUGAUUUUUUGCCCCCGGAAAGCUGUGCCUUUCUCUUGGCGUGGCGUGUCGAGGUGUGUUCUUUGUUAAGUGAUGUGUCUCCACAUAAAACCAUGAAGGACCAAGCUUUCCCUUCAACCACUAGCUCAAAGCCCACUGAAGCCCUGUACACUGAAAUUAGCAGCUCAAGAUGCUGUUUGACACUCUGCCUUUGUUAGUUAUCAUUGCACAUACAAUUGUUACCCUCGUAUUUUAGUAAAUCAUCAAGUUAGUCAUUACAAGUUGACCACAGUGAUUAUUUCACUUCGAAAAAAUGGUGGCACUGACCGUAGUGUUGUACAAACUCUGUCCAAUUGUUCUGUGAAGUCACUGGGCAUUGGUUAUUGGUUAGACUUUGUUGUUUGUUUUCUACACUUUUUCAAUUGACAUGCACUGGAAAAAAAAAAGUCUUUGACACUCACGUGUUUAAUCCCUGACUGUUGUAGCAAAACAUACAUACAUGCAUUUUAUUUAAUCUGACCAUCAGGUGCCAGACAAGCAAUGUCCUGUGUUAUAUCUGUAUGGACUGGACUUGACAUUCUUUGUGCACUCCCUGAAGUGUAGCCUACUAUUAGGUUGAGAUGUCACCCAGUGUUAGUGUUGUUUUUGUGGGAUCAGGGGGAGGUUCAGUGGAGGAGAGAGGCCCACAAGAACAGUCAGUUUAGUAUUGAAAACCGUCAGUGUCUUGGAGUAUCACUAUUUUUUUUGUCCAUUGUAAUUCAACAAAAAUACCUGAGGAAGAAUGAAUCUUAAAUGUUUUUUUUACAUGCAAGCAGUUCCUUGCUCAUGACUUUUUCUGACUUUUUUUAAACUUUCAUACAUCUGCUUUUUAGAGGCAGUUUUGGCCUAUAAAUUGUUUUUAAUACCUUUUGGAAUUUCUAUGAAACAUCAAAUGAAAUCAAGGGCUUUUUUUUUUUUUAAAAGAAAGGAAAUUAACUUACAACAUUCCUUGCUGAAUGAAUUUUGGUGUGGAAAGGGCGGUACGGGCUUGUAAGAUUCAAUUUUUAUAGCAAUUUUUAAACUACAAAAAAGCAUCAGAUUUUACUUAAAUUGGCACAUAUUAAGCAUUGGCAUAAAAGAAAAAACAUACUGUUAGUUACAUUUAUUGCUGAAAUCCUUGAAGUUGCCUUCAUUUCAUACAGGUUUAACAAAGUCUUGAGGCUCACACAUACUCUAUACCAAGAAAUGAGACCCAGCAAAAAUGUAGCAUUUUUGUAAACUUUGACUGUGUGUCUUCGAGACUGUACUGUGCACUCAUUACUAUUGUUUCCCUGGUUUUUAUACAGUAUGGAGGUCUAGACUAUUUGUUAUAUAGUGCAAUAUGCUGUACAUAAGAGCUUUUCUCAGAAAGACUUCAAUUUUUUGUUUAAUUGGUACAUUUUUUUUUUUCAAUAAAAUGUAUUAAACUAAAA